AUGCGCGGUAGCCAUGGAGUGAACCUGCGGCGAGUGCUGUCGCUACCAACACUGAGGCGAGAGACACAUUUGUUCGGCCGUCGUGCACCACCAACUUCUGGCAGUGUAUCUAAACCUUUGAAUAAGGAUUUAGAACUGUUAAAAGAACGUAAGGAUAGGUCGACAGUAGCCCGCCGUUCUUCUCCGCAAGACUCCGAUGCAUCAACUCUACCGCCUGUAUUGGCAACAAGGCGGCUAAAUGCCGCUUUCGAUCGUAACGACAUCAUUUCAUCAACAUUGUCAUUGAGUGACAGUAUAUCUACAUCGUCUAUCGAAGCGGCUCUUGUUCGUGACAUAACUUGCAACGUGUUUAACUUGCCUGUGUCACGGUUACGCAUUUGGCUUUAUAACCUUGAUUUAGGGCGUUUAGCGCAACAUGUCUUGCGUCACCUAUAUUCGGACAAAUGUUCUGUGGAUAAGGUGCUUGUGGCGGAUUCUGUUAUUACAAAUAAGGUUGAAUCUGGUCUUCGGCUUCGGUCAUGUCGCGAUGCUGCUCUUCUUUUGAAAUUACAACGUGUGUUACUUUCGCGUGCCAUCAAAAAAGAUCUCAACCUUCUUUUAUAUCAUCGCUGUAUACAGUAUUUGAAUGUGAAAGCUUGGAAGCUUUCCAGUGAGCUGGUCAACUUAUGUCUGACUCUUGACUGGUUAUGGCAACAUUUGUCACGUGAUGGUAAGCUUGCUACUAUAUGCGAGUUUCAUUCCAUACCGGAUGGUUCGACCAAUAUGUUGGAUCUCUAUUCACCAUUAGUACCAUAUUUGGAAAAGGUUAUUUUCGAGAUUACGGCACAAACUGUUCCUCAUUUGUUGGACUUCCUGGUACGUAUGCAGUACCAUUUGCCCAAAGAGCGUUUAAUCAGUCUCCACGAGGUUUCAUUUCUUAAAGUGAUCGAGUUAGCUAAGGAGUUGGACCUAGACGGGGCUUUAAGUUCAUUACGUUUUCUAGAACGUCUGGAUAGCACUUUACCACCUCCUUACUACUUCUUGUGUCAGCAAAUUUUACGAAAUCCUGGGAAGAAUGUAAACUAUGCGAACUUCGACUUAGUAGCCCGUUGCAUGUCACGUUGUUUGACAGUUGACCUGUCUAGUUUAAACCGCAUUAUGCUACUCUAUCAGUCUUUUGUGCGAAGCGCUACAUCAACAUUCUACGUUUCAUCGGAACGUUUCGUUUUAGCGGUGAUACUUCGUGCUCUUGAACUAUUUCCUGCCACUACCCAGGGUAAUCUGGAGCUCAGUGAACUUUGUGCUUUGGCCAAGGAUUCUACCAGAGCCUUAUUGGAUUUGGUCUCUAUAGAUCUGCCUCGUGGUUACCAUCGUACGAUGCGCCGUUUGGAAGAUAUAGAACGCCUUAUAUCGUGGUCGAUCGGCUCUUUGCGUCAUUCCAAUGACCAUAUGGUGCGUCACAUCUGCGACCACGGUCAUUUAAAAUGCCACUAUGUGGUAAGAGGUAGCCUCCGCGUACCGUUGGAGAGGCUUCUGGCGCCUCUGCCUAGACCCACCACUUAA